AUGGAGCAGGGUUCAUUUGAAAUUUGUAUGAAUGGAAAUAUCUCUGGGAGAAAGGACGACCUCGUCACAGAGUCAGGGAAACGCGGCGUGGACCUGGGCACGGCUGCCGAGCUGCCUGAGGAUGCGACUCCCGAAGGCACGGCCGUGGACACCAUUGGAGGACUCGGCGCGUCUCCGUUUUCUUUCUGUACAAGAGAGGAGAAAGAGCAGGAAGACUCGGAUGAGCCCGAUCCGCGGUCUCCGCGAGAGUCGUCUGUUUGCCUCUCAGUCCGCGAACGAAUGAGUAGACCCGAGAUUUUCAAUCCCGAAACGAACGGUGCGGCGCCCUCCCCCCCUGCAGUCUCUGGAGGGUCGCGGUCGGGCGGCGAAAAUGGGCGGCCCCGAAGAACAGCCCGCGCGUCAAUUCCUCCUCCAAGUUCGGCUCCGGCAACUGGCGAAGCAGCAUGCGAACGCAGCGGCAGCACUGAGGAUGCGGAGGCCUCCGUUUGGGGUGUACAUACACGGCAGUCCGCCGUCCCGGGCGGCGGGUGCGAAGGACGCCUCCGCAAGGGCGGAACUCGAAACACUCCGGUGCCGAGGACCGCCAGCGACGAGUCACAUUUGAAGCGGCCGGUGGGCCCUUCAGGAAGCCAUCCCUGGGCGUCUCCAAGUUCAGUUCGACAGCCGAAAUGUACAGCGGGGAGGCUCAGCCGGGACAUCCGUACCGAAGGGACCGAAGGCGCUGGAGGUACACCCGGGGGUGGCCGGACCGCUGGUCGCGUUUCCAGCUCUUCUCAGAGUAGUCCGAGUGGGUGCACGAGCGUGUCCUACCUUGAAGACUUUUACAUGCGCCAGAGGACGCGGGCCGCGCACGAGGCGCAGCGGCGGGAAGAAGCUCGCCGCGGGAUGACGACGUGGCGCGGCGCGCCGGCAAGCAAGGAGUUUCAGUGGCUGCAGCGGCUGCGCGACGCGCAGACAGACUCUGGCGCCUUGGCGUGCGGCAGUCCAGGCUCCGGGACAGGCGGCGCGUGGCAUCCCACAAGUCGCAGCUUCGAAUCACAAGUGCGAGCCUCUGGCCAGGGAACCCUGUGGCGAAGGAGUGAAGGAAGCCGAGAGCCGCGCCAGGUGAGUAAACGGAGCGCGGCGGUUCCCGAAGAAACGAAUUCGCGGCUCGUCAAACAUCUCAUCAGCUUGUUCCAGUCGCGGUCGACUCGCCGGCCCAGCGGCAGGUCUAGAGUCCAGAACGGCAGUGUCGUGGCGGGGGCUCACCCUCGGCAGUCACCGCAAGAAGGGACAGCCACGGGGACACAGAGGCAGUGGGCCACUUACCCCCGGUCGUCAUCGCUGCAGCCGAACGGAGGCAGUGAGAGUCGCGCACCUGCCUCACUUGACACGAGCGGGCACCUCCCCGCAGGUUCCUUGCGUCACGCGCUUUCUUUUCCGCGCCCCAGUUGUCCGUCCUCGUCUCGGGGUGGACCGCCUCAACUCUGCUCGUUUCGGUCUGCACAGGAAAGUCUCGGCGAAACCCAGCAUGGACCCAGUCGGGCCUCCGACUCCCUCCGCGUCCCUGCCUACUUCACGCCCGACGCCGCGCUUAUGCAAGGGCGUAGGACUGUUGCCGCCCAGUCUCCCCCCCCACACGUUUCUGCCCAGGCGGGCGCGCGGUCGCCGGCGCGGAGCGCCGUUUCGAUGCGUCAGACUCCCGUCAGCUCGCCGCGGCGUUCGCCUUGUUCCCCGAGAAGCCUGGCUCCAGUCUUUGCGGCGCCGCGGCCGACAGCGGCCUCCGUGCCUCCGCGUCUGAGUCGCGAAGAGGUACUUGUCAUUCAAGAUGCCUUGCUCCGGUACCAGCUUGCCCGCCAACAUGGACCAGCACGCGCCGGACUCCCUGGAUCUGGGGCGGCGUGUCGGCCAGUGCUCUCUGCCGCUUCCUUUCGAGGGCGCUCUGCGGGGCCGGGCGAGGCGUCUACGGGUCUCCCCGCCUCCACGCCGAGCGGCGGGCUGCUCAGCCCGUCUCAACGGAGACCGCACACUGAUGCAGAUGCACGGGGCGCUGAGUGUCGCCAGGAAAUGAACCAAGCAGGGGGAAACAAAACGGACUUGGCCGCCUCCACACACGCGAGCAGAGGAACAGGAUGCGGAGACGGAGCCGUCCGUGCGCCUGCGGCUGGGCCCGAACCGCCCACGCACCGACCCGAGCAGGCCUCGCGUCUAGAGCGCGCCGCAGACGAAGGCGAAGAGCGAACGCGCGACGCACAAACAGAAAUACGACGCGAAGAAGGUGGACAGCGCGCGUCCCAUCACGUAGCAGAGAAGUCUGAAGCCAGAGCAUGCAGCAGCGAGGGCUGGCCGACAGGCGAAUCCGGAAGGGAUGAAAAGACGCCACUCGCCCGGGAACGCGGUCUCAGAGAGGAACGUGCGAUGGCCACAGGUGGGACAGGACUGGCGGCGGAGAGUUUUUUGGAGAACCCGGGCGCGGUCGCCGGGCGUGGCGACGCGGAAACGGAGAUUUCUUCCGAUGCCGAGUCGGCGCCUCUCAGCGGCGGGGCUCAGGACACGGCGCAGCCGACGCCUGUCGUCGCGGCGAAGUGUGAGGCCUCUGAAACGGCCCCGCAGAGACUGGACGCCAGCGCUCUCUCUCUGUCCGGUAGCACUGUGUCCUCGUGUGCAGGACAGCCGCCAGCGAGCGGACAGGGGGGAAGCGUCGGUGCCGGCUCCAGCUGUCAAGCGCCGGAAGAGGCUCUUCUUUGUCUCGCCGAUUGCUUUGCGGCAGCCGCCGUUGGCCUCGAAGGCGGGCCGGGGGCGCUCAAGGGAGGCGCAGCGGUCGCGGCAGGCGACAGCGCCAACACGAUCUCGGAGCAAGACGGAGAGGGGACCGAUGGAGAGAGGUGCGCGGGUCCCGGGGACCGGGAGGGAGGUUUGAGCGCCGCCUCCACGCCUUCGGAUGGCGCUCCAGAGGAGCUGAAACCAUACGAGCGAAUAAUGCUCAAGUUUCUGCAGUACAGAGAGUGGCUGGAGGCGCAGGACAAGAGCGGGGGCGACGGCGAGGCGCGGGCUGUUGAUGACCUCUUGGCCGCGCUAGACGCGCACGGCGAGGACGGAGCGCAAGCUGGAGAACGCAGCUGGGAUGCCGAUGAAGAGGCCCAGCAGCUGCUGGAGAUCGACGCGCUCCUGGAGUCGAUUCCUGACCUUCGAAGAGACGGUCAGCUGUUCGGGGUUUUCGACAGUUUCGGCGCCUCCGAGCUGGCGGCAGAGGCAGGGCUCUUCAAUUUCAACUUUGCGGAGCAAGAUGGGAUCCUCCUCUUUGAGGACGAGGGCGAAGACGCGCACAGUCAGGACAGUUUCGACGGGGCGGCGCCGACUGAAGAGCGAAUGCCGGGUGUUCCAGAAGACGCGGCGGAAUCCCUUUCGAAUCUCAAGGGAUCUCCCCUUGAAGAAGAGGCCCAGUCGGGAUCGAAUGCGCUUGAGAGUGACAGUCCACGAAAGAGAGACGAGGGGAAAGGGACAGCGUCUGAAACGCCUAUCAGCGCAUCAGAUCUUCUCCGCGCUCAUUACUUUGUCGGGCCUCUUCGUAUGAGCCAGCUGGCGGCCGGGGCUACAACUAGUCGGCGGCCGGGAGAGUCGGCUUUUCUCACAGAUGCGCAAUCCCCGGAAUCAGCGAAGGAGACGUGA